UAAUGUUUAAACAUCUUACAGUAUAUAGAAAUCCGGUAACAUUUACUUUUUCCCACCAGGGCAAAAAGACAGCAAGCAGUUAAAAAAAUUCAGAAGAUAUGGUGGACGCACAUGACAAAAAGACUAUUUAAACUUCUGAAACAUACAAUUCGUGCAGCGGAGCAUUGUAUUAGCUAUGACAUUUUAAAAAGAGUGAGUCCUUUGGAGGCUGAACUUCUUAAAGAACCUACUAUUCAGUAUAAAGUCCGAUUCAGAUUUGCUGGGUCUGAUUUCCCCCCUUUUAUUGUAUUCAAGAUAUUUUCUAAAACAGGAACCCGAAGCAACCAAUACAUCAGUGGAAAAAGAGUAAUAACAUUGGCAAGUAAGGCAGCUGCUGAUGCUUGCAAAUUAAUGGGAUAUCGGACAUAUUAUAAUCAGAUUCUUCAAGAUGAACUUCAGUAUAAAAUGCAUGGAAUAACAGAGGAAAUAGACAUUGCUACAGUAAGAGACUACAUGCAAUAUGCCAGUCAUAUGGAUGAAACUCCAGCUUAUUAUGGUGGCAGACAUAAUUGUUGGCGAAGGCUGACAUUGGAAAAUCUGCCUAGAGCAAUGAUAUUGUAUGACAUCAUGGAUUAUGCCCAGUCUGGGAAGCUGUCUGCUAGACUUAGAGCGGAACUUCCAUUUCUGUUGCUGAAACCACAGAAUGAAGAAACAAGUCGUGCUCAAAUCUUGGCUGUUUGUCAAAUUAGGUCUCUGUCAUCUGGUCCCAUAACCACCUCCCCAUCAAGACGAGAACGAAAGGCAGCCCAGAGGACAUCAGAACGUCGCUCUAAUCAAGCUAGGCAGAAGAUUGCAAAAAUGAAAGAAGUUUAUAGAGCUGUGAAAGAAGAAGAGGACCUAAGUAGUCCUUCUUUGAGUGAUCAUUCGGCUGGAGAUGCAAGGACCGAACAUCUAUUUGCUAUUGAAGACUGGGAGCAAGAAGCAGUAAGGCUUUAUGACUGGACCAGAUCACUCCAAACUGAAGAUAUUUGGGAAGAUUAAUCAGUGAUAAAUUUAUUUUUCCUUUAAGCUUCCUCCAUUUCAACCAUAUGGUUGUAGCAACCAUUGAAAUUUUUCUUCCCCAUAUAGUUUUUUGCUCUUGAUGUGCAGACAUGACCAUGGCAGAUGAAUAUGCACAAUUCUCUGGCUUCAGGAAAUUCCUAACAAAACAAGUUACUGUUGAUAGAUGUGAUGAUAUUAUGUGAGAAGAAGAAAAUGGUAUAGCCAACCAGCACAUGCAUCUUUACAAGCAGUAACUUGAGGCAUCUGGAUGGGAAAUAAUAGAAAGAGGUUGAUAAAUAUUAAGGGUUACUGAAGAAGUGCUUCACAGCAUGCAUUAGUAUGAAGGAAGCAUCUUUGAAAUACUGAAAUCACCAGGUCUUUCACAAGACUUACACAGCUGCUUCAAAAGUGGCUUCCAGUUGUUUCUGCAUACAUGCACUGCAACCCUUCCACUCAGUCAACCAGCAAAACAUGGCUGUGCAUGCUUAUCCAUGUAAGACAUCUGAGAACAGCUUUCAAAACAGCCACAUGGGCCUUGCAAAGAUUGCCACUAGUUUAAUGCUCUGAAGAGAAGUAAUUCCUUCAGUCAAUAAGGGUGCCAUAAAUUUUUGCAAAAUAAAAUAAAUUGGCUCCAACACACAUUAUGAAACAAUUCUUUUAAAUGCUUUGCACAGCCAUAGUAAGUUAGUUUUAGUAUAUCAAUGGACAGUAUAUAGCCAAAGCUAAGCACUUUUAAAUAUUGCUUUCAAAGAGAAAGUACAGCACCCUUACUUUCUCCCAUCAAAGUUAUUAGGGCUCUAAAGUGGUCAAAUUUCAUUAGACUGUCAAAAUUUACAACUGGCCCAAACUGUUCUAUUUGCAUUUCAGCUCAGCAUUGUACUACUGAGUAUGUUCACAAGUAAGCCAAUAUAUAUGACUUUAAGAACAUGAAACAUUAGGCAUAAGAAUGGCAAAAGAACAAAAAGAAUGGAAAAGCUAUAAUGAAAAUUAAAAAUAUUUUAUUUACAUUCUUAUUUAUAUACAAUUUUUACACCUUGCUUAAAAACAGAAUAGAGUAUAUAUGCAUGGCUGAACAAAAUGCAUUCACAGGAUGAGUCAGAUUAACGUUCGCAGAGAAGUAGAAAGAAAAAAAUGCUUUUUAAAAAAUUUAAAAGAUUGCAGUUUUACAACUGCUUCAGGAAAAUUAUUACAACUGCACAGUGCAUAUUUGAGCAAAGUAUUCCAAUUUACUGUAGCACAAUUCAAAGGUAACUUCAAAUUAACAUGAAAACAUUUUAUUAGAUACGUUGCAAAGCAACACUGGAUAUGCAUAAAUAAUCAUCCUGCAACAGCAGCUCCUCUAACUUGUUACUAUAUUCUCAAAAUUUAUUUGGUGUGGUAUUUGAAAUUCUAGUUAUAAAACUUACAUAUGAAAUUUAAUCCUAAUUAAAACUUACUAAUAUAAUUCAGAAUAAGUAGUCCUGAUUAUCGUUCAAAUGUAUGUAUGUGUCCCUUUCUAUAGUAGUUGAAUAAACUUUAUAAUUACUAUGAUGCCAUAAAACAGGGGAAAAACAUUUUCUGGUGUGGAACUUGAAGCAAAUUUUGUUUUCAGGUAUUGGCCCUUAUUUCCUUUUCUUGUUUAUACCCAUGGUAGGAGUGAUAUUGUUGAAUUGUGUACAGACAUUCUCAUUUCAGAAAUGGAAUUAAAAAAUAAAAGCCUUC